GGACGUGCUAACCCUCACACACCAAUCAUGGGCCGCCCUCGCUUGUUGAUCAAACUAUGAAGGAUGAGAUCUGCGAGCUGCUAGCUGAAAACCCGUCUCUACUACUGGAUGAGAUCAGCGAAUGGCUCAUGAUCAGCCAAUAUCCACACCAGCUCUUUACCGCAACCUCGGGGACCUUGGAAUCACCUAUAAACGCUUGAAGAGGAUAGCGGCCGAACGUGAUGACGGUUUCCGAGCUGAUUGGUUGCACAACAUGACAGCCAACUAUACAGCUGAGCAUCCCUGGCCCCAACAGCGUGAUUGUCCUCGACAACUGUUCCACUCACAAGAGUGACGCUUUACGGGAAGCUGUAGAGGCAUCUGGUUUGCUAAAUGCUACUUU